AAGCAAGCGAAGGGAAAUGGACAGUGCCGCCAGUCCCUCAGACAUUUAUUUUCUUUAAACAAAGUGACUUUAAUUUUUUUACUCAAAAUGGGGGUGGAUAUUCGUCCAAUCUAACCCCCCUGUUCAGCCCGUGCAAUGCGUUAAAUAUUAGGCCGAUCUUUGUAUUACUACUGUGGAUAGUAUUAAUAAUAUUACUUACAUCAAAUCUCACUACCGAAAUCGGCUUCCAAAUUUAAUGAGGGGAAGCCCAGAGAGACACUCUAGUGCAAGAAGAAGCGUGUUGGUUCUUUUUAUUUAUCACGGUAGUUUAAACCCUGUCCAACUGUCGUAUGAAAUGCCAUGUGCAUAGGGCAGGGUACACUGGUACACUCCCUUAAAGGCUGGCCUUCUUUUAGUAAAAGGUCAAACGUCGUAUUAUCAAUAAGCCGUACAUAUUCAAUGCAAAUGGAUCAGGCCUAGAGAGUACGGGGAAAAAGGGGCGCUGGCUGUCUUCGAUCAUUUGGGUGGUAACCGCAACACGCAAGACAAGGCCCUGGAAACCACGGGAAUUGAAAAUCGAGUAUAAAAGAAUCAAGAUUUAAGGAAAAAUUGGAUAUAUGCCAUGGCAUUAUGAAAACUAAGACGGUUAAACGACAAAAGCCAUCGAGGGAUUGCAAGGAAAACUGAACAGGAAAUCUCACAGCUCAAUAGUCAAGAUUUUUCGAGAAACCCAAAUCCCAAUAGUGUUGAUCUUUUAGAUAAGUCAACCAUGAUUUCGUCAACAUCAUUAAGUGCCGUGGCGUUUUAGCUUCGCCUUGAUAAGUGAUACAGCAAUAUCGGUCAGUAUCUCAAGCCAAAAGCAAGAAACGGUACUCUUUUAGAUUGAACUGUAAGCAAAACGAUAAGAGAAACGCGCAGGAAAAAAGGACAGAUAAGCAACGGCUUGGUACAUUAUGUACUAAGUAUGUACUAAGUAAUUUAGCCUCUUUAUUUAUUUUUUCUUAUCUCUGCCGCGCCGGGAGCCACCGCUCCAUCAAGAAAAUCGAGAAUUCUGGAAAAGGAUUCUGCUGCCUUUUUGCAAGUUAAAAACUGACAUGUUCUUGAAAAAUCACAAAGAAUCUUAUUGUUUUCGAUUGUUAAACCGAUGUGAAUAGUCAGGUAAAAACUAACAAGGUAAAAAUUCAAGAGGAAAAAACAAAGCACGAAACUGAAGCAUCUAGUCAGAAUUAUUCAUGCGAAUCAACGGCCUGGUACAAGGAGCAGAAUUCCCUGAAAGGAAAAAGUGAAAACCCCCAAGAGUUUGUGAAAAACUAACAGAGAACACAAGAAAAGUGUGAGAAUGGAAGCGUUUGAUAAUAUAACAAAGAUCAUGAAGAACAGCAGUGGUAACUCUACGGGAAUCGGUGGUUUUGGCGACCAUCCUCCUAUCGAUAUGACACUAAAUCUAUUAAUAAUGGGAUUUUUAGUUGCCGAGGGGACGAUAGUCAUCGGUAUAAACGCAUUCGUGAUAUUUCUCAUCUUUUACAAGAGAUUUCUGCAGACGACAACCAAUAUGAUCCUGGGUAGCCUCGCAACUUCCGAUAUGUUGACGGGUCUGGUUGUCAUCCCGCUCAUAGUCGCAUGCAACAUGUUGCCGACGUAUAACUUUGGAGUCUGUUUAGCAAUGGAUCUGGGCCAGCGAUUCCUGGCAAUAUCAACGAUUCUCCAUUUAUUGGUUGUUACGCUUGAAAGAUAUCACUACAUUGUGGUUUCUAGAAUAGUCUACGCGCCAAAGGCAUCCCGAGCUUCUGCCGCUGGAGUGUUUGUAUUUCUAUGGGGAUUCUCACUUCUUGUUUCGUUCAUUCAACUCGUGUGGACGCACGAGGACGAGUCUACGAAAACUAAAUUCGACAGAACAUAUGACGUGGUAUGCCUUGGUGCUCUGGUCUUACUGCCUCUACUAAUAAUGACUAUCGCAUACGUGAAAAUAUUCGUCGCAUUGAAAAGACAACUGGAUAAAAUAAAACGGCAUGUGGGUCACAUUUCAAGCAAGUGCAACGACAGACACAAUCGUAAAGAGCGAAAAGCGAUCUUGAUUUACACCCUCAUGAUAAUUGUGUACGUCGUAGGAUGGUUCAACUACUUCUUCCACACACUUCGAUUAGACUUUGGACUAACUCCCACGUCUCUCCCCCUCGGGGUAGAACUUCUUUUUGUUUAUCUCAAAUUCAGCACCGGGCUCUUAAAUCCUAUACUGUAUUCAUUUUUGAAGCAGGAUUUUAAAAGGGCGCGUAAGUCAUUAGGGUGUUGUGGAGGGAAGCGACCUAGACUGUUGAAUGUUGGCUCAAAGUCUGUCUCUAACUCUACUAACUCGACUUUGCGGGAAUUAAUAUCUCUACGUUCACCACCUGCUGCCGAUGUGUGAUUCCAGGAGAUAUAUGCGAACCACCCAUCUCUCUGAAACCACAGCGAGCUCAUGUAACGUCUGGUAAUGAUUCAAGGAGAUAUAUGCGAAUCACCCAUCUCUCUGAAACCACAGCGAGCUCAUGUAACGUCUGGUAAUGAUGUUUUUAAUAAUUUGCGCAAAACACCUCAGUCAUCAAAAGUGCUACAUGAUAUCUGUAAAGUUACAUAAACUCUGAUCGUAGGUACUUUUGCUCCCGGGUAUUUACUGUAGGUAUUGAUAAAUAUAAUUGUAAAUAAAUAUCAAUCUUUAUCAGUGCA